CGAACACUUAUCGACUAAAAGAGGGAGCCCCGGGGAUUUGGCGGGAGGGAGUGGAUCCCAGUAGAUCACGUGCCCUGAACUGCAGUUGAGGAAACAACCACCGCACCGAGCAAUAUGCCAACAGUUCAGCAGACCUCGACAGAAGACCAGGAAAAACUCCUCGAUGAGGCGAUCCAAGUCGUCAAGUCACAGUCGUUUCAAAUGAAACGCUGUCUGGAUAAAGGCAAGCUAAUGGACGGGCUGAAGCAUGCUUCAAACAUGCUUAGUGAGCUCAGAACUUCUCUGCUUUCGCCAAAAAGUUACUACGAGCUGUACAUGGCAAUAUCUGAUGAGCUUCGCCAUCUAGAGCUCCAUCUCGUAGAUGAGUUCCAGAAAGGUCGCAAGGUCUCUGACUUGUACGAACUGGUCCAGUAUGCUGGCAACAUCGUGCCAAGAUUAUACCUGUUAAUCACAGUAGGUAUUGUAUACAUCAAAGCAAAAGAGGCUCCCAGGAAAGACAUCCUAAAAGACUUGGUGGAGAUGUGCAGGGGAGUACAACACCCACUAAGGGGACUCUUCCUUAGAAAUUACCUGCUGCAGUCGACUCGUAACAUGCUUCCUGACAUAAAUGAUGACAAUGAAGACCGGCCUGAGCAUGAUGGCUCUGUAAAAGACUCAAUUGACUUUGUCCUGCUGAACUUCUCUGAGAUGAACAAGCUCUGGGUGCGCAUUCAGCACCAGGGGCACUCUAGGGAGCGUCAGAAGAGGGAGCGUGAACGACAGGAGCUCAGGAUUCUUGUGGGCACAAACCUUGUUCGUCUGAGCCAGCUGGAGGGAGUCACGUCAGAUGUUUAUAAAAAGCUUGUCCUACCAGGCAUUCUGGAACAGACCAUCAACUGCAAAGACCCAAUUGCUCAGGAAUAUCUUAUGGAGUGCAUCAUCCAGGUGUUUCCAGAUGAAUAUCACUUACAGACGAUCACCCAGUUCCUGUCAAGCUGUACCGAGCUUCACCCUGCUGUCAACAUCAAGAACAUCAUCAUCAGUCUGAUAGACAGACUUGCACUGUUUGCCAACAGAGAUGAUGGCGGCAUUCCCACAGAUAUCAAACUAUUUGACCUCAUGUCCGAACAGGUCUCUAAGGUCAUUCAGAUGAGGACAGACAUGGCAACAGAAGAUAAAGUCUCCCUACAAGUCUCCCUUGUCAACCUGGCAUUAAAAUGUUACCCUGACCGAGUGGACUAUGUAGAUAAAGUGCUGGAGUAUACAUCAGAACUCUUUAGUAAACUCGAAAUAGAAAGCAUUGACAAGAGCAAUCCUAUAUCCAAAGAGUUAACAAGACUACUCAAGAACCCAAUCGACUCGUACAACAACGUGCUAACCCUGUUAGAGCUGAAGUUUUUCAUUCCAAUGUUCAAUUACUUUGACUUUACGACGAGAAAAGAAAUGUCGCUGUAUGUUGUCAGUAAUGCUGUAGAGAGUGAAGUUGUCAUCCCUACCCAAGAACAGGUUGAUACAUUGCUUACAUUAGUAUCCACACUCGUAGCAGAUCAGGAGGACCAACCCUCAGAACCGACUGAUCCUGAAGACUUUGCAGAGGAACAGCAUAUGAUGGGCAAGUUCCUGACACUGAUGAAAUCCGACAAUGCAGACCAGCAAUACCUUAUCCUAAACACAGCAAGAAAACAUUUUGGUAGUGGCGGCGAGAAGAGGAUAAAGUUCACCCUCCCCCCAAUAGUAUUCAGUGCAUAUCAACUGGCUUUUCAGUAUGGGAAUGCAAAAGAGGAGGAUGACAAAUGGGACAAGAAAUGCCAAAAGAUAUUCCAGUUUUGUCAUCAGACCAUCACAGCCCUAGCCAAGGCAGAGUACGCUGAACUCUCGUUGAGACUCUUUCUCCAGGGAGCCAUGGCGGCCGGUAAGGUGGGCUUCUCUACCUCCGAGACAGUCGCCUACGAGUUCAUGAGCCAGGCAUUUUCGAUAUAUGAAGACGAGAUAAGUGACUCCAAAUCUCAGCUAGCUGCCAUCACUCUUAUCAUUUGUACAUUCGAACAAAUGAGCUGCUUCGGCGAGGAAAACCACGAGCCUCUGAGGACACAGUGUGCACUUGCCGCCUCUAAGCUUCUCAAGAAACCCGACCAGUGCCGCGCGGUCGCUGUCUGCUCACAUCUCUUCUGGUCGGGAAAGAGCAAAGAUAUCGAGGGUGGAGAGUGUCACGAUGGCAAACGCGUCAUGGAGUGCUUGAAAAAGGCCGUUCGUAUCGCUAAUCAGUGCAUGGACGCCACUGUACAAGUACAACUUUUCGUCGAGAUUCUGAACUGUUAUCUGUAUUACUACGAGCGCAACACCGACACGGUUACGGCGACUAUACUGAACCAAUUAUUAGACAAAAUCCGCGAGGACUUACCUGGCCUUGAGUCGAACGAAGAGACAGAGCAGAUCAGCAAGCACUUCAAGAAUACGAUAUCCCACAUGGAAGCGAAGAAACAGAGCAAAGAGGAAGACGCUCCCAGCUACGAGGGGAUUAACAUAUAGCACUAACUCCACCGGAAACUACGGCUACCUUGCAAUCGGCAAUCUACGGCAAUUGAAGGAUAAUGGCAACCGAAGAACCCGGACCUUAUGGAAGCUAGAGGGCGUGUAUUCAUAGCUGCUUUAAAACUGUAGGACCCAUGUCAACCUUCGGACCUUGCAUCUGUGCGGAAUACGGUAUUCCACGACAACCAUAUUAACCUUGGCUCCACGUUAACCAUCAAAGUUACAGCUCAGGAAUGGAAGAAAACAAUAUUGCAUCCACCCUAUAGCCUUGCUCUGAAGAUGUUUCAUGGCGACCAAAGAAGGUCUAACAACGGUUUGGUAGCAAGCCGUGGCAACGUUAAAAAUAAAAGAAAAACUCUCUCUUGCUUCCUUGCAAUCUUAUUUUUUUUCUUUCUCAUACCGGUCGUCGUAUUUCAUUAUAGAGCAUAGAAUAUUGAAGUCGUAUAGUAUUGCAGGGUAAUGAUAAAUACCUGAAUGUUGUCCUAGUUUUGAAAGCCAGUAUUGAAUGUAUUCAGGUAUUUCUUGGAUUUAUCGGGACUCCUAAAAAUUGUGAAUAUUUCUAUAAUAGAAUAAAUAGGCUUACAAAGAAAA